AUGUUCACGAAGCUGUCGAAGAUUCAAAGCGGAUCUUUCAGCACCGUAUAUCGGGCGUACGACUCAAUCUCACAGCAGGAUGUGGCCCUCAAGAUCGUAGAAAAGCCUACAGAUUCGGCCAUGGCUGAAAAGCUGGCCCGGCUCGUUGCAGCUGAAUAUGAUAUCCUUUUGGCACUCGGUUGCGAUCAUCCUAACGUGUGUGCACUUCUAGACUUCUAUGAACGUGACACUUGCUACGUAUUUGUCAUGGAGUUUGCUGCUCAUGGCGAUUUAUACGAAGUUAUCCGACACUGGAAAACCCAAAGUCCGUCCCGUUUUCAGGUUAAUAUCGCUCGAUUGGUCCCACAACUUUGCUCUGCUAUAGAGUUUGCUCACUCGCGCGGUAUUGCUCACCGCGACAUCAAGCCCGAAAAUGUACUCCUGGAUGACCAAGGAAAUGUCAAACUCGCAGACUGGGGUCUCAGUUGUCAAAUGCGUGUUUCUCAAGACCGUCGUGUAGGCACCGAAAAAUAUUUAGCCCCCGAGGCCUAUGGUGGCCUCUACGACACAUUUUUGGCCGAUUACUGGUCACUAGGCAUUACUCUACUGUUUCUGCUAUUCGGCGCAUGUCCUUUCAAAAGUGCGCAAUUGUCAAAGAACCCGAAAAAUGCCAAUUUUGCACAUUAUGUUGCCAAUCCGCAUAAAUUUAUGUCUGAUUACUACUUUAAGCCUUUGCGCGCUGGUCGUGGCAUCGUGCCCAUCAAUAUUCCUACCCCUAAGGGAGAUGUAACAGUUCUUGAUGGCCCGGCUGGAUGGCUCAGCCUACCUGAACUUGAUCGUCCGGUUUUGGACCGUGAGCAGCUGUUGGAGUCACUGGCAACUUGCAUUGUCACCAAUCUGCUCCAGGUCACUCCUGCUGCUCGAAGUAUGCGAGCAUUCCUGAUACAACUAAGCAGUUUGAUUCCUUUUCCGAGAACAUGCUCGGCUCCUCAAGACGUCGACAAUGAAAUGACCGUGUCGCCUGAACUUGACGCAGAUGACGUGUACGCUAGGUUCUACUUCCCUGGUUAUGCAGCAGAUGCGGACGCAUUGGCAGCUGGGAACUCAAGGGCGGAUCAAUCGAACCAACCAUCCCACUCCGGAAGUACAAGUUCGGGAUCGACCGCUGUGGACAGCUUGGGUUCUGGAAGUAAAUCCCCCAAUUAUGGCGGGCCAAUGCCACAAGAUCGCAAAUACAAGAAAGCGGGCCCCGAAGACUACCUUUCAAAUGAGCUUGAAUGUAAAACUGGAAUCCGCUAG